AUGCCGUUGACCAUCCUCUCCCAAGCACAGCUCCGCUCGCUGCUGCUCUCCCUCACUCGGGACGAGAUCGUCUCCCUACAAACGAAUCUAGCCCAUGCCCUGCGAGAGUACUCGACGGGCAACCAAGAAAACGGCUGUGCCGCCGCCUACCAACCGCAGAGGACCGCCAUCACCCGACGGAAUGGCUGCACGACGCUGUUCAUGCCCGCCACGACAGGUCGGACACUCGGCAUGAAAAUGGUCUCCUUGCAGGACGGAGGUGCAGCCGGCUGUGCGGUCGAAUCCAAAGGCAUCCUCGCCGAGGGCGAGAAGUCGAUGACGCGAGCCCGGAGCCAAAGCCAUCGAGACUCGGUGUCUUCGCUCUCCUCGGACAUGAGUGACCUGUCCGUUUCGUCCCAGGAGAAUGGCAGCAGCGGUGCCGGAGGCUCCUCCAGCACUUCCAGCAGCAACUCCCUCCCCUCCGGCUGCGUCAACCAGCAACCCGUGAACACUGGCCUCUCCAACACCAUGGGCGCGUGGCCCGCGGCGGGCUCCCGAGACACUUCACCGCAGGGAAGUCUGACGCUGCUGGACGAGGACAGCAUGCCGUUCGGACUGAUCAACGCGCACGAGCUGACGCCCUUCCGCACCGCCCUGACGGCCACGAUGAUCUUCAGCAAGCGCAAGCGCGUCCGCACGGUCGUCGUCUUCGGCGCCGGCAAGCAAGCCUACUGGCACAUCCGACUGGCGCUGACGCUGCGCGGGUCCGACAUCAAACGGGUCUUCAUCGUGAACCGCUCCUUUGACCGCGCCGCCGAGCUCCUCCGCGACAUCUACUCGCCGGAUAACUCGAGCUGGCGCGGCGACGUCAAGUUCUCGGCCCUCAGCACCGACUUCGUCGAAUACACCCGCAUCAUCCAUGACGCGCUGCACAAGGCUGACGCCAUCUUCUGCUGCACACCGUCCAUCGACCCCCUCUUCCCAGCCGAGCUGCUGACCUCCAAAGAGGCCCGGCAAAAAGGUCGCCUGAUCAGCGCAAUCGGCUCCUACAAACCACACAUGACGGAACUCCACCCGGACAUCCUCCGCGACGAAGUCGACGUCCACCACUCCUCCCGUCACUUCCACAAGCACAUCAAGCGCAGCGGCGUGAUCGUCGUCGACAGUCUCGACGCCGCGCUCAAGGAAGCGGGCGAGAUCAUCCAGGCGGAGAUCAAGCCGAAGCAGGUGGUCGAGCUGGGCGAGAUCCUGAUGGUGCGACAGGACAUGCCCCAGGAAGACAACGACAGCAAAAGUCUGAGUGACUGGGUGCAGCGCGGGAAUGUCAUCUUCAAGAGCGUGGGAAUGGGCUUGAUGGAUCUCGUCACUGGUGGGGAUCUGGUUCGGUUGGCCAGAGAGAGGCAGGUUGGCACCACGGUAGAGGAAUUCUAG